AUGGACACCUGCAACACCAGAGGGGCUACAAACGCGCUGUCGGCCUUUGAGGGAUGAAUAUGAUCAUAGGGAGGGAAGGGUUGAGGGGGAGAGGGAAGGGAAUAGGGAGGGGUUGGGCCUCCGGUACCCUCACUCACACGACGAAACACGACGCAAGCGUUGCUUCACGUCGGUUUUCUGUGAGGCCGUGGUAUCACUCCGGUCGAGCUGGCCCAUUCAUGCUGAAGCGUGGCUCUCCCACUUUUUGUUCAAGCCGUUUGCUUCGGAUUUUGACGGUUAACACCUACUAAACUGCAUUGAGACUGCCUGACGAUUCAUAGCCCAUUUUCCUUACAGUCAUUUAUUCAGUUUCUGUCAGUUUCAGUCAUUUAUUUAUUCAGUUAUUUACGGCAUUGUCACUGCGCCACAGAUUAUCUGUCACUGCGAGCGGGCAGCUCGCCCUCGGCGCCGCUGCUGGCGUCACUUUGCUCCGAGAGGACAGCCACGUUGGAGCAACCCGGCCCAAACUUGUUAUUGGAAUUUAAUUCAGGUCCGUUAGUACCACCGUAUGACUACAACGGCUUUAUAGCAAAACUGGAGUUUAUCGAUAGAGAUGACAGCAGCCUACCACCACCUACUGUGGUGCCUGCAUCACCUCCACUUGCUGCUCUUACGCAUUUGGUGCAAAAUGUGGAUAGGGUGGCAGCAAUGGAAAGUAAUGUGGUGUCGAACGAGGUUACCGCUAACAAUGGCGGGCGAGUUGGAUGUGGUGCUACUGUAAGAGGAUAUGGCCCUGGCGGAUCGCGUUCAGGCCACUUUGACACUAGAGCGAGUGGCUGGCGAUCGCAGUGUGCGAUACACUUGCUUGGGGCAUCGACGGAUGUUGUUCAAGUGUUACAAAGUUGCCGAUCUCAUAUUGAGGUCUUAGAAGGACUUCACGAUUUUGGAGGAAAAGAUAGAGGAGAUCGGUCUGAGAGAGGCGACCGAGCUCUAUUAAGAGUGUGUGGGCCUUCAGUGAGGGAGGCUAGAGAUCCCUCUGGAAGAUUCCUACUUCGUCAAACAGUGACGUCCAAAGGUGCUAAUCUAACCAUUUUGGUACGGCGUGCAGCCACACAAAGUGUGGACGAAGAAGAGUUUGUUGAUGGUGCAUUCGCUUUUCAUGAUGAAUUGCAUGAAGGUACGGCAUCUCCUGACGCUACUUGUGCAGCUACGCAUUAUGGGCUAGCAUCACCGAAGCACGGGGGAGUAUCUGCGCCAUCCCAUCAUCAUAUCUUUUGGAAUAUUGAAGAAAGACUACAGUGCUCGCAUCGCUUUAUUCCUGCUGCAAAUCAGAGUGUUACUAUUGAGAUACAAAGAUUAGACCGAAUGUGGAGUGCCGAGCCUACCGGCACUAUUGGAGCGGCUGGUUGCAGAACAGCCUGUGGCGAUGCCGGUUGUGAAUGCCGUGCUAACAGUCCACUGCAUUACCAUGAUCACAUUGCGUUAGUCGCAGGCGAUGGCACGCACCUAUCCUGUCUUUGUGGUGAUUUUCAGCUACUACCUAUAGACCAUCGAGCGCAUAAAGCGAAAAACAAACAGUUCAAUUUGACAUUCGGCUCGCGUCUCGGGCGUUUGGUAAAACGCGCCGGAUAUUGUUCACGACGCGACGCGUCCGAGAAAAUUACGUGGCCCGACCCAGUUUCACGCUGCCCUAGGGUAACAGUGGAUAAAGAAAAAAAAAACCUUGAACAAGAUCGUAAAGUUCCAAUUACAGCAUUGCUAUUGCGGCGACUCGUGACUGUCUUUUCAUUCCGUGAAAUAUCUUCCCGGAACGUGUCCGUGACGGGAAGUCUCAACGAGUUCUUCUAUCAGCAAUGUACUUGGGUUCUCGACUCGAAUGUCGAAAGGCAGCUCUUCAUAGAUAUCUCCUCGGAACAGGAUAAAUCAUGCGGUUCGUGGAACAUCACUCUCCACGAAUGGUCUGGAAGCGGUGCCCAUAGUGAUGGGGGCUUGGCUGCGGCCGCUGGCGAGCUAUUAUAUACCUUUUGCGCACGACAUAAAAACCAUACUUACACACUGCCGUGGCGACUCAACACCGUAGUAAUCAGGUUGGUAGCGCUGUCUCGACAGCAACCUCUUUAUAGGAUACGAUGGAGGUCACAAGUGGUUCGUGCUAAUAACCGUCUGGGUCCACCGACUCCUGUCCCGGCAGCUUCAGCGGGCACCAGUAGUCCUACCCACUAUCUUGGUCUACUUUAUUCACUUCUGCUAUGGUCUGCACUCAAUAAUGUGUGA